CGAGCGUCACCACCUUGCGUAUAAAGUAUUUAAUGAACAAAAUAAAUUUUGUGUGUAGUUUGAAAGGUUCGCUUAGUCAGUCGAUUAUUCCAAAAAGUUAGUACAGAUACCCAUUUCGCAGUGUUUCAGUUUCAAGCAAUCAAAAACAAAAUCUGCAUCACUAGCUGCACCACAGAUAACUAGAUCUAGCAAUGAUGUCAACUGGUAAUAAGUUACAAACACAAUGGUCCAACGAAUACGGCAGAUAUUUAGUUGCCGCUUGUGAUAUUCCCGAAAAAACGGUUGUCUUGUUAGAAAACGUUAUAUUACACGCACCAGCCGACGAUGUUAAGAACAAAACUGACGCGACAAAACUAUGUUUAGUGUGCUGUUGUCCAAGCGACCGACGUUGUACAACCUGUGGCUGGUGCAUUUGCAGCCCAGACUGUGAGAAGAUGCAGUGCCAUUCCAACGAAUGUAAUCUUUUCACCAAAAAUAAAGUUAAAUUUCCACCGCCCCACAAGUGGCCCAUUCUAAAUAAAACGAUUUUAGUUCUGCGAUGCCUACUCAUGAAACUUUAUGGUCGUGGCGAAUGGUUGGAUUUUCUUAGUAAAUUAGAACAUCAUUCUAGAGUUCGCGGCACCAAGUCAACUUGUAAUCGAAGUGAUAAAAUGAUCAUGGAUAAUAUUCAGUAUUUCUACGGAUGUGCUGAGUGUCCAUUCAGCGAAAUUGAAAUACGAACAGUGUGUGGCAUAAUUAAUGUAAAUGCAUUUUUCGCGGAGAGCAAUGAAGACUCAUCCCACUGGAGGGCGAAGUGCAUGUUUAAGAAAGCCAGUCUAUUUGCACACAGUUGUAGUCCUAACUGCUAUUGGAACAUUGAACUCAAACAGGAUGGAUCAAUAAGUGGCAAAUAUCAGCCAGAUAUUCAAAUAGAAGUUGCAACCGCGAAGCCAAUCAAAAAGGGUGAAAUGCUAACGAUAUUCUACAGCACGCGUUAUGCACUGUACGGAACAUUAAAACGAAUUGUUUUAAUGGAAGAAAUUGCACACUUUCAAUGUAAAUGUUAUCGUUGCCGCGAUAGCACCGAGAUGGAGACGUUCAUGUCAGCACUAAAGUGUUUCGAUUGUGAAAGGGACUACCUCCUACCGCAAUAUCCGACCGAAGCUCAGUCAGAUUGGAAAUGCUUGGACUGUGGCUCUACUCAAAAUGUGUGCAAAAUUGUUUCCAGGGUAUGUGAAAUUGAAGAUCAAGCUGAACAGAUUCAAGUGCUCGGUUUGAGUUUUAACGACGAAUUGGCAUUGCUGUCAACUAUUGCUCGGAAAGCUUCGGGCAAUAUUUUGCAUAAGAACCAUUAUGUUUUGCAAGAAAUUGCGACGAGAACGAUUCAAUUACUCAUCGAAAAUGGUAUUCUAAACGUCGACAAAAGCUCAGAAAACACGAUUGCGAAUCUGGAACUGUUCGUCAAUCAAUGUACAUUUUUGCUAAACAUUGCCCGAACACUUUUGUCGGCAAUGACCGGAUACAUAGGUACUCUGCAGUCCUAUUUACAAGCGGCAGAAGAGGUUCGCACGAUAGUUCUAGAGAAAAAAUUAACGAAGUGAAUAUUCGCC